AUGGAGAAGGCAGGCUCGCUGCACGCCUCGGUGCCCACGCCGCCGCCGCGUCUCUAUCUGCCGCGCAAUUUCAGCUGCAGCGCCUGCCUCUACGGCACCUUGGCGGACCAGUGCAAGGGCGGCUGCAGCCCGGAGCCCGAGGCGGUGGAAGGGCCCGCGACGCAGCUGCCCCCGGCGACUUCGUCGCCCCCUGCAUCGCCGCCCCUAACUCUGGAAGCCACUCCCAAGAAGCCGCUCCCGCUGCCCGUUUCGCGCUCCCCGUCGCCGCCUCCGACAUCCCCGCCGCCGUCGAGCCGCGGAAGGGAGCCCACGCUGCCGUCGGUGCCGCCCAGCCCCACGCUGCGCCGGCGGGCCAAGUCGCUGCCGACGCCCGGCGAGCGGGGCUUGAGGCCGGCCUUGCAGCAGAGCCCGUCCCGCCGCAAGACCGUGCGCUUCGCCGACUCGCUGGGCCUGGAGCUCACCGCCGUGCGCCACUUCUGCCAGGCGGACGUGCCGCGGGUGCCGCUGGCGGCCUCCCCGCUCUCCCGCGGCGGCGCUGACCUGCUCAAGACGCGGAAGCCGCCGGCCCUGGGCGAGCUGGAGCCGGUGCUCUUCGGGCCGCCGGCCCCCGUGCUGGAGCCGCUCUUCCCGCCGCAGCCCGGCGCCAGCGCCGGCUUCGGCGAGCGCGUGCGGCAGCACAAGGUGAGGCUGGAGUGGGUGCGCGCCGAGGCGGCCGGCCUGCGCGGCGCCGUGCGCGUCCUCAACCUGGCCUACGAGAAGAGCGUCUCGGUGCGCUACACGCUCAACCGCUGGGCCAGCUGCAACGAGGUGCCGGCCACCUACCUGCCGCCGCCGGCCGCCGGCCACGCCGCCGACGGCCUCACCGACCGCUUCGCCUUCCACCUGCCCGUGGGCGCGGGCACCACGCUGCUGGAGUUCGCCCUGCGCUACCGCGUCGCCGACGCCGAGUACUGGGACAACAACGACGGCCACAACUACAAGUUGCGCGGCAGGCGGCGGCCUCCGGCGGCCUCCGGCCACGAGCCCGACGGCGGAGGCGCCUGGAUCCACUUCAUCUGACCGCGGGGACGCGGCGGCGGCGGCACAUGGCCCCGCCCGGCCCGGCCCGGCCUCCUCGCCGGCAGAGCCUUCGCAGCCCCUGCGUGGGAUCCCCGUUUGCAGAGAGUAAG